AUGGCCAGCUACACGCCCACUGGUCAGGUGAAUUGCGACGUUGACUUUGACUAUUCAAAGUUGAAAGAAAAUACAGCUAUUAUCACCGGCGGUGCAAAUGGACUGGGUGAAGCCUACGUUCGCGCCCUCAUUAGUGCAGGGGCUCUUGUGUGCAUCGGUGAUCUUGACAUCAAAGGGGAAAAAAACUCGAAGCAGAGUUUGCAGGAAAGUGUGAAAUUCGUUGAAUGUGACGCUUCGAAAUGGGAAGACCAAGUCCGACUAUUUCAAGAAGCCGUUUCGUUUUCCCCGAAUGGGAAGAUUUCCUACGUCGUCGCCAAUUGUGGCAUUCACCAAAACGAUCAAGUCUUCUCGUAUGCUGGUGACGGUAACGAACCGGAGAGGCCCGACUUGAAAACCAUUGACGUUAACCUUGUCGGGACGCUCUACACGGUCAAAUUGGCAUCUCAUCAUUUCAUCAAGCAGAAUGGACAGGUGUCAUCUUCAUCUCAAGAAGACACAUGCUUGAUCCUCAUCGGAUCUGGAGCGGCCUUUUUAGAUUGUCCGCGUGCUCCUCAGUACUGUGCCUCCAAGUGGGCCAUGCGAGGGAUUAUGCAUUCUUUGCGACGAACUGCUGUCUAUUACGGCAGCCGAGUGAAUGUUAUCUCACCAUGGUAUGUGAAGACGAAAAUUCUAUCCGAAGAGGCAUUUGCGCAUGUUGCUGGUGUCGGGGUAGAAUUUGCGGAAGCAACCGACGCAGGAGAUUGUUUAUUGCGAAUUUUGAGCGACCGCACAGUAAACGGCCGUUCAUUCUUCAUCUGUCCAAGGCGAUGGGCCCCUCGAGGCUACAUGGACCUCGACUUGGAGGAUUACACUGGCAACUCCCUCCUCCAGGAAAUUCAAGCUGACCAGGUAAAAUCUGCCCCUUCAGAGCUUGUUUUCACAGAAAGGCAUGAUCCAACAUCAUGCAAGGAAGUGGUUUGGCAUUGGCAUUCCUCGGCGCCCAUUGGUGGUGUCCGUGUUGAGGCAAUGCAGCCUCCCAGCCACGAGCCCGAUCAAAACGAUAGAGACCGAUUCUAUUACAUCUCAAGCUCAAUAUUCUUUCAAAGUUCCCCAUACGCAGGCCGAAGGAAAUGUUUUCAAUCCGACGACCACACGAUUGAUACACGCGAAUCCCAGAUGACAAUGGACACUGCUACUGGUAUCAAGGACGCGACAGCUCCACCAUGUGCACUCUGCAAAGUUAUCGAACAUAUUGCUUACAAUGUUACGACACAACCUACCACUGAUGUCAACAUUCGCGACGUCAUCGACACAAAUAUCCGUCAAUCUCACAGUCACUAUCAAACAUGCUCCCACGAUAUGGCUCACCAACUUGCCGACAGAUAUGGUGUUUUAUAUGUGACCGAAGAGGAUUUCGGAGGACAUUGGACCCGUCUCAUGGAUUAUAUCCUAAGAUGGGCACUUUCCACCGACCAUUGUUCUUUGAUACAGUAUGUCAUUGAAUACCAGGGAGAUCUCAUGGGCGAUCAAACAAAGUACCGCAUAUUAGCCAGUGUGUCCUCACACAGCAGCAAUGGCUUCAAUGGAAAUGCCUCGUUCAAAGGGGUUAGUGCUCUCUACGCUGCAACACUCCACAAUCGCUUGGAGGCUGUAGAGAUACUCCUCGCCUUCGGUGCCAAUCCCAACACGAGGAAUCGCCUUGAGUUAACAUCGAAAGUAUCGACCAGGAGUGAUACCGGUGUAUUGUAUGAGACUCCACUUCAAAAAGCCGCUUCAGCGGGCAACCUCAAAAUCGUCCACAUACUUCUGAAGUCAAGUGCAGAUGCAAAAGUUUCGCCAGUCAACGGAAGCGCAUUGUACCUAGCGGCCAGAAAUAGCCACCACAAGGUCUUCAAUCGAAUCAUGCAGCACCAGACUGCUGCUGCUCGGAGGGCUCGUCAACCUUUAUCAGAUUUACUUCCCUACGACGCAGACAACGCACUCUAUGCCGCUGCGGCACGUGGUCAUAGCAUAAUUGUGAAGGCAUUGAUAGAAGCAGGCGUUAACGUCAAUUAUACAUCAAAGCAUGAUUCUGGUCAAUCUGCUCUCCAUGCUGCAGUUUCUAAGAACCACAUCAUACUCGUGGAGAUAUUGCUUUCCGCAGAUGCGGACCUGACUAUAAAAGACACACGGAAGAACAGCCCUCAGAAUAGCAGUGGACUGCUCACAGCACGCAAUGGCUCAGCUGCACUCCGCGCGGCAGUAGCAGAGGGCAGCCUGGAGCGGGUGAGAGAGCUGAUUGCAGCAGGUGUGGAUUUGAAUAGUACACCUGGCCUGGAGACCUCCGGCGCUCUACACGAAGCUGCUGGAAGGGGUCACUUGGAGAUGGUUGAAGUGCUUAUAGAUGCAGGAGUCAAUGUUAAUGGACCUCUCUUCGGUCCUGGUGAUACUGCACUCCAGGCAGCUGUCCGGGGAGGACAUGUUGAGGUCGUGGAAACGUUGAUUGCUGCAGGAGCAGAUGUUCACGCCCCACCUUUUGGGUUGGAUAAGCAGACUGCACUCUAUGCGGCAGUGUCAAGGGGUCAUUCUGAGAUAGUUGAUAUACUUUGGUUUGCAGGGGCCAGGAAAUGA